AUGGGUCUGAUCAAGCGCUUCUUGAAGAUUACCGCUGCUGGCAGCGUAGCCACGGUCGGUGUCUUCUGGGGUGCCACGCGCAAUGACGUCUUUGAGCCGAUGGACGCCUCCGAUCCGAUCUUCCAAUCCCCCUUCUACAAGAAGUACAACCCCGAACAAAACCCUUCGCUGCAUGACCUCUGUGUCCGUCGUAUUCCUCUCGACAAGAUCAAGCCCGAGCUCCUGGAGAAGAAGGGCAAGCUGACUGAGGCCUUCUGUGCUGGUGUCUGGGGUGGCAUGGGUUACAUUGCCCAGCGUGCCUACUUUGCAAACAAAUUUCAGGGUCCCGAGACUGCUACUCACCUCUGGGAACGUAAGGACCUUCUUGCCAACACCUACGAGGUCGGCACUUUGAUUACCGAUCACUUCGAGGUCCUGGAGAAGACCGAAGACUGCAUUACUGUUCGCUGUGGUGAUACCCCCCGCAACCCCGAUAUUCGUCCCUCCGAUGGCCUCUUUGAGAUGGGUGCGGUGAUUAAACAGGAGGAAGGUGUGGCUGAGUUUACUCUGAAGAGCUGCUUCUACCAGGGUCUCGGCAAGGCCGACGCGGCUCCUAUGGGUCCUGUCAUUACCUGGUUGCACCAGCAAUACACCAAGUUGUGGAUGGAGACUGCUAUUCUGAAGAACUGUGUGCGGUAA